AUGAACGUUGUAAAAUACCAGAGACAAGCAUCAGUCAUCAAGACUCACGACCAUAAGGCAAAUAGCUGGUUGCUACUCCUAGAACGUAUCAAAGCUUCGGUUGCCAAUGACUACAAACUCCUCUCAUUUGAUGUUUACGGCACCUUGAUUGACUGGGAAACCGGUGUUCUGGAAAAUGGCAAAAGCGUCGCUUCUCAAUCAGACAAAUCACGAGAGGACCUCCUGCGCAUUUAUUCUGAGCUCGAGAAGAUUCAACAGGUCAAAACUCCUGACAUGCCAUAUUCCAAACUUUGCGCAACCGUCUAUCCACAAUUUGCUGAACGACUUAGAGUUUCAGUCAAACCGACGGUUCAGGAAUCUGAAGUGUUUGGCCAGUCAGUCGGAAAUUGGCCAGCAUUCCCGGAUACAGUGGAUGCAUUGCGAAGGCUUAAGAAACAUUUUAAACUUGUUGUCCUCUCUAACGUGGACAGAGAGUCCUUUAAAGUCAGUCAUGCGGGGUCUCUUCAAGAUUCUCAUUUCGACAAAAUCAUUACAGCCCAGGAUGUCGGAUCUUACAAGCCUGAUCCCAAGAACUUUGAGUACAUGUUUAAGACUGUGAAGCAAGAAUUCGGCGUUGAACAAAAUCAGAUCUUACAAACUGCUCAGAGUCAAUUUCAUGACCAUCAUCCAGCAAGGAAGAUUGGAUUGAAAUCAGUCUGGAUUGAGAGGCGUGGAACUAUGGGUAAUCUGAAAGAACAAGUUUACGACUGGAAAUUUGUUACACUAGGAGAUAUGGCUGAUGCUGUUGAGAAGGAAGUAGCAGCACAAUUUCAGUAG